UAAAUGUCUGCAGAAAGCCAUGAUUUCACUGAGCAGCUGUCAGACGCUCCUCCUGAUGGCCAUCUGUGGCGUCUUCUGCUGCAGGACUCUUGCACUGCCUGCCAUCUCUGCAUAUCCUGACAUCAGACCAGGUGCUCUCGAUGAAGACGGAGACAUCGACUGGACGAGAGACUCGUCACUACAGGAUCUGGAGGCGUAUAAACUCCUGUAUGAACUCGCAAACACCGUCGAGAGACCAUCCAGACACGCUGAUGGACUGUUCACGAGCGGAUACAGCAAACUGCUCGGCCAACUGUCUGCUAAAGAAUAUCUGGAGUCUUUACUUGCAAAGAGAGUCAGUGAUGAGCUGGGCAUGGACCAGAUGCCUGUGAAACGUCACUCAGAUGCCGUCUUCACAGACAACUACAGCCGUUACCGCAAACAGAUGGCAGCCAAGAAAUACCUCAACUCCGUUCUGGCAGGAAAAAGGAGGUGAUGCACUCCUGUUCAAACGCUGCCUGUGCUCUUCGACAUGUAAGUGAUGUGGACGCACAGCUUCAAGAUUUCGCCAUCAUUAUAUAUUCAAGCUUGCACAAUCUAUUACAGCUGAAAUUGAGUUAACAGCACUAAACACAACACAAACUGAACGAGCGUGUCAGUGAAUGAAUCAGUGGGAAUGGCACGUCUGUUUGUUGUUGGCUGAUUAAUGCUGUUAUGUCUAGAGGAAUCUAUUUUGACCG